UUCAAGAAAAAAGAUGGGGGAUCGUAAAUUUACGCACGAAGAUAUCGAGUCACAAAUCCGUGACAUCCAGGAGAAAAAGAAACAAUUAGACAAGCAAGCCGAAAGUGACAAAGGCGUCGGAUUGCUCGAAUCUGGAUAUUUUGACAGUGAAUUGUAUGAAUCGACAAAUACAAACAGCAAAUAUGAGGGAUAUGUCACUUCCAUCGCCCCAAAUGAAGAAGAAGACGAUGAGGAAGACGAAGGAAUUCCGUUGCAAGGCAAACGGAGUGUUAAUGCGCCUGCUGCUUUGUUAAAUGAUGUCGCUCAGACCGAUAAGGAAUAUGAUCCAUUCGCGGGACGUCGUCGCCUGACAAUUGCUGAAAAAGAAGAUGAAUAUCGUCAACGGAGACGCUUGCAAAUCAUCUCGCCUGAGAGAAUUGAUCCCUUUGCUGACGGUGGCAAAACUCCCGAUGUUGGCUCCAGAAGUUACACGGAGAUCAUGCGAGAGCAGCGACUCAAAGGAGAAGAAGCUGAAUUACGGAAGAAAAUUCAAGAAAAAUCGAAAGAAGGAACUUUGAAGAUCAGUGCAUCGGAAAAUGGUUCAUCAGCUCCUAAACGUCGAGGUCGUUGGGAUCAAACUGUAGAAGAUGCUUUUGUUCCUGCGAAAAAAUCCGCAGCUGGAGCUGCUACUCCGACAUGGGAUGGCGAUAAAACUCCCGCAGAUCAUCGUUGGGACGAAACCCCGCAUCACAAAGGCAAUGAAACGCCUUCGACGCCCGCAGCUCGUAUGUGGGAUCCAACGCCGGCCCAUCAAACGCCCGGAAGACAAGCGGGGGGCGCAGAAACUCCCGCACACGAGAAAUCAACUCGCCGAAAUCGUUGGGAUGAAACUCCCAAAACGGAACGCGAAACUCCCGGGCAUAAUAGCGGAUGGGCAGAAACUCCGCGUACAGAUCGCAUUGAAGCCGAUAAAGUAAUUGAAUCAGGAACGCCGGGAACAGCGUCAAAAAGACGUUCGCGAUGGGAUGAAAUGACCCCGAGUAUGGCAACGCCUUCCGGAAUGGGAGCAACGCCUCAAAUGACGCCAAGUAUGACGCCGGGAGCUACUCCGGGACAUGCAACGCCUUUAAUGACGCCCGGAGGUACAACUCCUGUUGGUCACAAAGCGAUGGUUAUGGCAACGCCAACUCCGGGACAUUUGGCUUCAAUGACACCCGAACAACUUCAAGCAUAUCGUUGGGAAAAAGAAAUCGAUGAACGAAAUCGCCCCUUUUCCGAUGAAGAAUUAGAAGCCAUGUUCCCGCCAGGUUACAAAAUUCUCCCUCCGCCUGCGGGUUACAUCCCUCUUCGUACGCCAGGUCGAAAACUUCUCGCCACGCCAACUCCAAUCGCCGGGACUCCCGUCGGUUUCUUCAUGCAAAAAGAAACGGAACAAGUUGCAAAAUUCGCUGACAACCAACCCAAGGGAAAUUUGCCCUUCAUGAAACCCGAAGAUGCGCAAUAUUUCGACAAAUUACUUGUCGAUGUCGACGAAGAGAGUUUGAGUCCCGAAGAGCAACGCGAGCGAAAAAUCAUGAAAUUGCUGUUGAAAAUCAAGAAUGGAACACCUCCGAUGCGAAAAGCAGCAUUGCGUCAAAUAACGGAUAAAGCACGUGAAUUCGGAGCUGGCCCGCUAUUCAAUCAAAUUUUGCCGUUAUUGAUGAGUCCAACGUUGGAGGAUCAAGAAAGACAUUUGUUGGUGAAAGUUAUCGAUCGAAUUUUGUACAAAUUGGAUGAUUUGGUGCGUCCAUAUGUGCAUAAAAUUCUCGUCGUUAUUGAACCCUUGCUGAUUGACGAGGAUUAUUACGCUCGUGUCGAAGGUCGAGAAAUUAUCUCGAAUUUGGCAAAAGCAGCUGGAUUAGCUACGAUGAUUUCGACAAUGAGACCCGAUAUCGACAACAUUGACGAAUAUGUGCGAAACACAACGGCACGAGCUUUUGCUGUUGUCGCAUCAGCUUUGGGAAUCCCGUCGUUGUUACCUUUCUUGAAAGCUGUUUGCAAAAGUAAAAAAUCGUGGCAAGCUCGACACACUGGCAUCAAAAUCGUACAACAAAUCGCCAUUUUAAUGGGUUGCGCAAUUUUGCCGCACUUGAAAUCGCUCGUAGAAAUUAUUGAACACGGGCUCGUUGAUGACCAACAAAAAGUUCGUACGAUCACAGCUUUGGCAUUAGCAGCAUUGGCUGAAGCUGCAACUCCUUACGGUAUCGAAAGUUUCGAUUCUGUGCUUAAACCUUUGUGGAAAGGUAUUCGAACUCAUCGCGGUAAAGGUCUUGCCGCCUUUCUCAAGGCAAUUGGUUAUUUAAUUCCCUUAAUGGAUGCCGAAUACGCGAAUUAUUACACGCGAGAAGUAAUGUUGAUUCUAAUUCGAGAGUUUCAGUCGCCCGAUGAGGAAAUGAAAAAGAUCGUAUUGAAAGUUGUGAAGCAAUGUUGCGCUACAGACGGUGUCGAAGCCCAAUAUAUCAAAGAAGAAAUCUUACCACACUUUUUCAAAUUUUUCUGGAAUCAUCGUAUGGCAUUGGAUCGUCGUAAUUAUCGACAACUCGUCGAUACAACAGUCGAAAUUGCCAACAAAGUCGGUGCUUCGGAGAUUAUAACGCGCGUUGUUGACGACUUGAAGGACGAAAAUGAGCAGUAUCGUAAAAUGGUGAUGGAAACUAUCGAAAAAAUCAUGGGCAACUUGGGCGCUGACGACAUCGACUCACGUUUGGAGGAACAAUUAAUCGACGGAAUCCUGUAUGCGUUCCAAGAACAAACGACAGAAGAUGUCGUCAUGUUAAAUGGCUUUGGAACGAUCGUAAAUCAACUGAGUAAACGUGUGAAACCAUAUUUACCCCAAAUUUGCGGUACAAUUUUGUGGCGUUUGAACAACAAAUCGGCAAAAGUACGACAACAAGCUGCCGAUUUGAUCUCUCGUAUCGCAGUCGUGAUGAAAACGUGUCAAGAAGAGAAGCUCAUGGGACAUUUGGGUGUCGUGCUGUACGAAUAUCUCGGCGAAGAAUAUCCCGAAGUACUUGGAUCUAUCUUGGGAGCACUUAAAGCGAUCGUCAAUGUCAUUGGAAUGACAAAAAUGACACCGCCCAUCAAGGAUUUGCUUCCGCGUCUCACGCCAAUCUUGAAAAAUCGUCAUGAGAAGGUGCAGGAAAAUUGUAUUGAUCUCGUUGGGCGUAUCGCAGAUCGAGGACCCGAAUAUGUCUCGGCUCGGGAAUGGAUGCGGAUCUGUUUCGAGUUGCUCGAGUUACUUAAGGCACAUAAAAAAGCCAUUCGACGUGCGACAGUCAACACUUUUGGUUACAUCGCCAAAGCUAUUGGACCUCACGAUGUUCUCGCCACACUUUUGAACAACCUAAAAGUGCAAGAGAGACAAAAUCGUGUUUGUACAACGGUUGCUAUUGCCAUUGUUGCGGAAACGUGUCGCCCAUUCACCGUUUUGCCGGCUCUCAUGAACGAAUAUCGCGUGCCCGAACUCAACGUACAGAAUGGCGUUCUCAAAUCCUUAUCUUUCUUCGAAUACAUCGGCGAAAUGGGUAAAGAUUACAUUUACUCCGUUUGUCCGUUGCUCGAAGAUGCUUUGAUGGAUCGCGAUUUGGUGCACAGACAAACGGCAUGUGCAGCCAUUAAACAUAUGGCAUUGGGCGUUUAUGGUUUCGGAUGCGAAGAUGCUCUCGUGCAUUUAUUGAAUUACGUUUGGCCCAAUAUUUUUGAGACGUCGCCGCAUUUGGUGCAAGCGUUCAUGGAUGCGGUCGAGGGAUUGCGUGUCGCAUUGGGACCCAUUAAAAUUCUUCAAUACACACUCCAAGGACUUUUCCAUCCGGCGCGGAAGGUACGAGAUGUUUAUUGGAAAAUUUAUAAUUCGCUUUACAUUGGGGCACAAGACGCACUUAUUGCGGGAUACCCGAGGAUACAAAAUGAUCCCAAAAAUGCAUACAUUCGAUAUGAAUUGGACUAUCACUUGUAGACGGUUUAUUCGUAGAAAAGCACUUUUAAUCCUCCUUUUAACUAUUGAUUAUCUGUAUGACACAAUAAAGAGAAA